AUGGAGCAAGAUUUGUUAAUAAUGCUUUCAGCCUUCCUAAUAUUGAUAGUUUUAGUUUCAGCUUUAUUACAAAGAUGGGCUUCUCCAAGGGAAAUGGCGGCAAUACCGGGUAGGCUGGGUUGGCCUAUUGUCGGGGAAACUUUGUCGUUUAUAACCGAGUUUUCAAGUGCUGCAGGCAUACAUAGCUUCAUCAGAAAGAGACAGCAGAGGUAUGGGAAAGUAUUCAAGACUUCAGUCUUGGGGAGACUUACUGUCUUCAUGACUGGUAGUGAGGCGAGUAAGAUUUUGUUAACCGGAAAAGAUGGGAUGGUGAGCUUAAAUUUGUCCUAUGCAGGAAGGCAGGUUCUUGGUCCUACUAGUUUACUGCAUCAAAAUGGAGAAGCACACAAACGGCUCCGCAGGUUGAUUGCUGAACCCCUCUCAAUCAAUGGCCUCAAGAAGUAUUUCCAGUUCAUCGAUAAUUUGGCCAGUGAUACACUGGACAAGUGGCAUGGACGAGAAAUCCUGGUUCUUGAAGAGGCUUCUACAUUCUCCCUCAAGGUGAUCAGCAAUAUGAUAAUGAGCUUGGAACCCGCUGGUGAAGAGCAGGAGAAAUUCCGUGCCAAUUUCAAAGUCAUGUCUUCGUCAUUUUCUGCUCUCCCCCUGAAAAUUCCUGGAACUGCCUUUUACCGUGGUAUUCAGGCUCGGAACAGGAUGUAUGCAAUGUUAGACUCAAUCAUUGCUCAGCGGAGAACUGGAGACAACUUCCAGCAAGAUUUCCUAGAAUCCUUAGUGAAUAAGUAUAACAAGCAUGGCUAUGGAGGAGAAGAUGACGAUAAACUCACAGAUGCACAAUUGAAGGACAAUAUAUUGACCCUGCUAGUAGCUGGGCAUGAUACUACUACUGCUGCACUGACCUGGCUUGUAAAAUUCCUUGAACAAAACCCUGCUGCAUUGGAACGUCUACGAGAAGAGCAUAGGGAAAUCCAAGCUAGCAGAUCAGGUCUUACAUGGUCGGACAUCAACAACAUGCCUUACACAAACAAAGUAAUUAGCGAGACUCUUCGAAUAGCCACAAUUCUUCCUUGGUUUUCAAGAACAGCAGCAGAAGACUUCACAGUUGAUGGAUGCAAAAUCAGUAAGGGUUGGUCUGUCAACCUGGAUGUAGUAUCCAUUCAUCAUGACCCGAAGCUUUUUCCUGACCCUCAGAAGUUUGAUCCUUCAAGAUUUGAUGAGCCAUUGAAGCCUUUCAGUUUUCUUGGAUUUGGUAGUGGACCACGAAUGUGUCCCGGAAUUAACCUCGCCAAGAUAGAAAUUUGCAUUUUCAUUCAUCACCUUGUCUGCAGAUUCAAAUGGAAACCAUUGGAGAAAGACGACUCUGUGAUGCCAACACUAGUCCGGAUGCCAAGAAACAAGUAUCCAAUCAUGGUUGAACCACUGUAGUGCAAUCUUCCAUGCCAGUACCUAGCUAAAGCCUACUAAAAAUCAGAAGAAUACUGCAGGAAAUGCAUUGUAUUCGGACUCAAAAGCUUACAAAGAGAAAUGGUAAGAAAGCCUCCUCUCGAGUGGCAGAGGAUGAAUCAAAUAGCUGGGAUUACGAAUGCUUUGCUCUGAGAAUAAAAGUACCGUAUUAAUAUAUGCAAACAAUAAUGGAAGGCAAUCGUAGUAACCUCAAAUACAGUAUGUAUGCCUUGAGGAUUUAUCAAGAGCCAUCUCUUGCCAUUUCAUCAUCUAACCUGAUUCUGAAUAAGAUGAAGUCACAUUAGAAGUGCUGAGGAGUUCUGAGUUCAAAUCCCUCGACCCUGUCCCUGCUUAUGAAGUCCCAUCCCCCCCCUAAUAAGAAAGAAAGGAAAAAAAUAAAGAAAAGUGUAGCACAUUGGCAGCGCUCCUUAGAAGAAUGCAUGUUCUGAUUUCCAGACCAACAAGAGGCAUUCAUCAUGUAAGCAUAUUUUUGUCCUGAACGUUUAAGCAUUAUCUCAGUCUACUUCAACAACUAUGCUAGAGCACAUACAAUUCCUCUUAAUAAUUAUUGGCAAAUUGGUGUC